AUGAAGAUGCGAAUAUUCGAAGGAGUUAUUGGUUUCUUAGAUCAAUUACAAAAGGAUCAAUCCAGUACAACAAAUAAAAUCGAAAAACUUCAAGCAGAUUUAAAUCGGAUCCAAAAAGAAAAAGAAAACGUUGAGAAAGAAAUGCAAACUCUUCGCUUUCAACUCAAAGAGAAAGAAGGAAACAAUUUACCAAAAGAAUUUCUUUCGAAAAUUUCCGAACUUAAAAAUUCCAAAAAUUUUGAUCAAAUCUACAAAUUCUUUGAAGAAAUUUCAGAAAAAGGAAAUCAAAAAAUGAUGCUUAAAGUAUGUGAAGAAGAACUUUGGAAAAAACAAAAUCCUGAUUAUUGUGGUACAAAUGUUCUUCAUUAUGCAUCUUCAAAAGGAAAUCUGAGGCUUGUUAAACAAUUUCACAUCGUUUGA